AUGGCUUCCUUUGAUGACGACAGCGGGAAUGAAACCUUCCAUACUUCCAAUUGUUCGCUAGAUGCUCUGGCAUCACUGUCACUGAAUGAUACCAUUACCCUCCCUGCUCAUUCCACAGUCGCUACUGGGGUCAUCUCCGAGAUCCACAUUAAAGACUUGGAUCGUUUCCGUACGUGUGAAAUCCAACUUUACAAGGGCAUUAGCUUCCACUCAGGUGAUGAUAUUCGUGGUAUCUACCCCGUGUUUCGCUUUGUGUACGGACGAGUCUCUAAGGAGCCAGUGACCCUUCGCAAGAAGACAUCAGUGGGCUCAGCACGGUUCUCCUUGGUCAAUACCGGCAACAACGCCCAUUGUCACGAAAUUUUUGGGCCCCUGAUUGCAUUUGAACGCAAGAUUACCCGCCAAGGGCCUCGCUUCAGAGCUUUCUCACGCUGGGGCGACCCCCUCGAAAACGGCUAUAGAGUGUGGACGAGGAUGCUUCGUCACUUCCGUAUUGACCUCAAUGGCGUCGAUUACUUUUCCCUGAACGAUGUCGACAAUCUUCUUGAUGGCUGGUGCCAGCAAGCCAAAGACUACUUUGAAAAAUGCACCAAAUUGUCUCUGCUGGCACCAAAGUUCGAAGAGCUCAACCAGCGCCUUUCGCAAGAGAGAGUCCACAUGGCGGAACUCAUUCGACUGAGAGGCAGCAUUUGUCAAAACCCCCAAGUCUCAAAAUUGGUGAAGGGUUUGGUCGAGCUCAAACUUAGGUGGGCGUGGUGUACUGUAGAUCGCAGCGAAGAAAUGGUCAUGAACACGGCAUCGCUUGAAUCAGAGUUGAAAGCAAUUCCUGCUAAGGUCGAACCUCGUACCUCUCCAACUGGUGAGGGUGACGCUGGAGGAGAUGCAACUGACUCGUCUAGCAGCAUCAGAAGCGGGGACAUGAAGAAGUGCAUCCCCCAUCUCCAGGCGACACUCGACGAGAUUGUCGCCAAUUAUACCGAUGAGUGGUAUAUCAGUUCGUAUUAUGCCGAAGCAAUUUGCCCUCGCGAGAACAGCGGUCUUUUGGAGACAGAUACCAUGCAAAAGACGUCGUCAGAGAGUAACAAACUCUGGCAGAAACUCAACCAUUUGAAAGGCCUGCGUCGCUACGAGGAAGCCGUCGAGUAUCUCAACGCCUUCGACACGUCCGCCGACAAGUUGCGCGCUAUAGUGGUCGAGUUGUACCAAUGCAAACAGGAGAUUGACAUGGAAGACCAACGCAGAUCUCAGUUAGAAAAGCAAGCGAGCGACAACUUUAAUGCGUAUCUUGGCGUACACCACUGGCAAGGUGAGUUGGCGUUCGCUGGUGGCGGCGAGGCGUUGCUGAUUCGGUGCGGUGAAGCAAACGGCGUAUUAGAGGAUAUCUCUGUCCUCGAACCGAAAUUGCAGCAAUACGUCAAAGUAUUGCUGCAGUUAGCCAUUCGAGACCUCAGCACCUCUGCCUUUGUGGUCUACGAUGAGAUCGACAUGUGUGUGGACCUUACGUUAAGAAAGAGUUUAUGGCAGGCGGUGGUGGCGCGUGCUAACCCAGAGAGAUCGACGGUGAUUUUAUCCGAUACUAACAUUGGCCAAGCCGAGGUCGAGCUGUGGUCGACUAAAGCCCACAUCUGUUAUCACAACGAGUAA